AUCGGUGGGGCGGAACCGUGCAGGAAGGCGGAAGUGACUUCGCUAGGGAACCUCCCGGCGUGGAGAUGGCGGGAGCUGGUCGCGGAGCAGCGGUGUCCAGGGUGCAGGCGGGUCCUGGGAGUCCCCGGCGAGCGCGGGGGCGGCAGCAAGUGCAGCCGCUGGGGAAGCAGCGCCCAGCCCCGUGGCCCGGUCUUCGCAGCAAAGAGAAGAAGAAAGUGAACUGCAAGCCCAAGAACCAGGACGAACAGGAGAUCCCUUUCCGGCUCCGGGAGAUUAUGAGGAGCCGCCAAGAGAUGAAAAACCCGAUAAGUAACAAGAAGAGGAAGAAAGCAGCCCAGGUGACCUUCAGAAAGACAUUGGAGAAGGAAGCAAAGGGAGAGGAGCCCGACAUCGCAGUCCCCAAGUUCAAACAGAGGAAGGGGGAGUCCGACGGGGCCUAUAUCCAGCGCAUGCAGCAAGAGGCCCAGCACGUGCUGUUCCUCAGCAAGAACCAGGCCAUCCGGCAGCCAGAGGUGCAGGCAGCUCCCAAGGAGAAGUCUGAGCAGAAAAAAGCAAAAAAAGCGUUCCAGAAGCGGCGACUAGAUAAAAUCCGACGGAAAAAGGAGGAAAAGGCGGCAGACAGGCUGGAGCAGGAGUUGCUCCGAGACACAGUGAAGUUUGGUGAGGUUGUCCUGCAGCCCCCAGAGCUGACUGCCAGGCCCCAGUGGAGCGUAAGCAAGGACCAGCCUGGCAGGAGAUCGCAGAUGCUGAGGAUGCUUCUGAGCCCCGGUGGUGUGUCCCAGCCUCUGACCGCCUCCCUGGCCCGCCAGCGGAUUGUGGAGGAGGAGAGAGAGCGGGCCGUGCAGGCCUACAGAGCGUUGAAGCAGCGGCAGCAGCGGCUGCACGGGGAGCGACCCCACCUCACUUCCCGGAAGAAGCCAGAGCCGCAGCUGUGAUGGAGAGACACCUGGGGCCUGGCCACGCUCUGGGGAAACUGGCACUAGGAGCUGCUACACCUGGGUAGGAGAGAGGCAGGCCAUGCCAGCAGUGUGGGGUGAGGCCUCCAGCUACUUGUUCACACGUUGGGCACUAGUGGGUCCACAUCUUGCAGGGGGUGAGUGCCCGACGGACUAGGGCCAAGGCCUGGUUGACAGACGGCCCGUGGGGCCCGGUGUCACUCACAGUUCCAUCUCUUUGUUUUGAACGUCCAUUCUGAGUCUCAGCCCAGGUGGACCUUAGGAAGGGCUGGAUCCCUGUCCCUGAGCACCAACUAGCGAGACAACUGAUGAGGCUGGCUCAGUGUGUGACGGAGGCCCCCGGGAGUCAGCAGAGCCAAGUGUACAGUGCACAUCAGGCAGAGCAGGCCACGGGCAGGGACGACGCAUCGGGACACGGCCACUGGGCACAUCUGGACCACCGGGAAGGGCUCUGCAGGGGACCGUGACUACAGGCCAGCUGUGAGUGGUCCCCUGCAGAGGCUGCCCACCCAAGGUUUGGUUGGGGUGAAACAUGAUGACAACACAUACACUUAAGAAGGUGGGAACCGGGGGCCGGGCGCGGUGGCUCACACCUGUAAUGCCAGCAGUUUGGGCAGCCGAGGCGAGUGGAUCACCUGAGGUCAGGAGUUCGAACCAGCCUGGCCAACAUGGUGAAACCGCACCUCUACUAAAAAUACACGAAAAAAAAAAAAACAGUGGGAACAGAGUUGUCACCUACCUAACAGGGCUCUGAGGGAGCUGGGAGGCCCAAAGUGGCUGGAAGAAGGUAAAGGAAAUUCCUGUCUUGGGCUCGGGGUCACAGAGUGGGGCCCAGGGGGAGUUCCUGCUGAGGGCAGGGCCUUGCCAGGCUUCAGUCUCCAGUGCCAGAGGAGGAAAUGCCCAGGCUGUCAGCAUUUCCAGAUGAGAGCAGAAGGGAGAGGCUUAAACCCAAGUCACACAUCCAGCAAUGGAGUCCGACAGCCCAGCACCAUCUGGGAACUGAGAAGCACCUCUGCCCAGCCCCCACACCGUGUGGAAAGUGAGGAGCACCUCUGCCUGGCCGCCACCCCAUCUGGCAAGUGAGGAGCGCUUCUGCCCGGCCACCCCAUCUAGGAAGUGAGAAGCCCAUCUGCCCAGCCGCUGUGCAACCUUCCAAGUGUGAAGUGACAGCCUUGUGUGUGAUGUUUUCUGCCUUCCCCAAGUUUGCACUUUUGACAUUAAAGUUUACUUUUUAGUUAAAA